AUGCGCUGGGUGGGACAGGCCGGAUUGAAAACUAUGGCGUGGGUACCUGCGGAAUCUGCAGUGGAAGAGUUGAUGCCCCGGCUGUUGCCAGUGGAGCCCUGCGACUUGACAGACAGUUUUGAUCCCAACGUACCUCCGAGGACUCCCCAAGAAUACCUAAGGCGGGUCCAGAUCGAAGCAGCUCAAUGUCCAGAUGUUGUGGUAGCUCAAAUUGACCCAAAGAAGUUGAAAAGGAAGCAAAGUGUGAAUGUUUCUCUUUCAGGAUGCCAACCUGCUCCUGAAGGAUAUUCCCCCACUCUUCAGUGGCAACAGCAGCAAGUGGCACAGUUUUCAACUGUUCGGCAGAGUGUGAACAGACAUAGAAGUCACUGGAAAUCACAGCAGUUGGAUAGUAAUGUGACCAUGCCAAAACCUGAAGAUGAAGAAGGCUGGAAAAAAUUUUGUCUGGGUGAGAGGUUAUAUGCUGAAGGGGCUGUUGGACCAACUGCAAGUGAAAGUCCUGGAAUUGAUUAUGUACAAAUUGGUUUUCCUCCCUUGCUUAGUAUUGUUAGCAGAAUGAAUCAGGCAACAGUAACUAGUGUCUUGGAGUAUCUGAGUAAUUGGUUUGGAGAAAGAGACUUUACUCCAGAAUUGGGAAGAUGGCUUUAUGCUUUAUUGGCUUGUCUUGAAAAACCUUUAUUACCGGAGGCUCAUUCACUGAUUCGGCAGCUUGCAAGAAGGUGCUCUGAAGUGAGGCUUUUAGUGGACAGCAAAGAUGAUGAGAGGGUUCCUGCUUUGAAUUUGUUAAUCUGCUUGGUCAGCAGGUAUUUUGACCAACGUGACUUAGCUGAUGAGCCAUCCUGAUAAUAGCUGAUCUCUCAGGGAUAGAAGAUAUUUGUAAUGAAGACAGCCUGAGUCUGAGGAAGUGCAAUGCCAGUUCAAGUACAGAUUGCAUCACAUCUUCAGCACUAUGUGAAGCGUCUUCAUCUUAACCUGUGCAACUCAAGUUGAUAUUCAGAAGAUAGAUUGUGUUGGUAUGAGUAUCUGAGGUAUCUUUGAAAGAUGUUACCCAGUUUUUGCUGAACAGUUUAAAUAGUUUUCUGUAAUCACAUGCCUUUAAAACAAACUGAAUGAUUUACUGGUGAAGCAUCCUGCACAGAAACUGUAUGACGAAAUUGUACAGAGGUUGUUGGUGCUGUUUCAUUGUUUAUUUACAUAUACACAUAUAAAAUUUUAUUGAAAAUGUGUUUUGGUUACGAAAUUUUGUUUGACUAUUUAACAAAACAAAAGAUAAUGGAUAAAUGUCCUUAGUAUUAGAAUUAAGAUAAUCUAGAUUAUAUGGCACGUGUAUUCAUAGUCAGCAACAAAAUUAGUCUAACAUUUUCCCUUUAAGCUCUAUACUUUUAUUUUUAAAUGCUUUCUUUCUUUUUUUUUUUUAUAAAUUUAUUUGUUUAUUUUUGGCUGCGUUGGGUCUUUGUUGCCGCGCGUGGGCUUUCUCUAGUUGCGGCGAGCGGGGGCUACUCUUCAUUGCGGUGCACAGGCUUCUCAUUGCAGUGGCUUCUUUUGUUGUGGAGCAUGGGCUCUAGGCACACAGGCUUCAGUAGUUGUGGCUCGUGGACUCUAGAGUGCAGGCUAAGUAGUUGUGGCGCACGGGCUUAGCUGCUCCGCGGCAUGUGGGAUCUUCCCGGACCAGGGCUUGAACCCGUGUCCCCUGCAUAGGCAGGCGGAUUCUUAACCACUGCACCACCAGGGAAGCCCCUAAAUGUUUUCUUGUAUAAACAAAACUUUCUUUACAAGUAAUUUUCAGUAGUACCCUAAAAGGUCGACCGUUUUAAUUUUCUUGUCACAUCUUUUAUUCAUAUCACUUACAAUUUAUCUAUUUCUUUCUUUUUUUGUUUUUUUUUUUUGGCUGUGUUGGGUUUUCAUUGUUGCACUCAGGCUUUCUCUAGUUGCGGCGAGCGGGGGCUACUCUUCGCUGCGGUG